AUGAGCGCCGCCGAAGAAACCAAGCCCGUCGAGGCCGUUGCCGUCGAGGCUCCUGUCCAGGCUGAGGAGCCUGCGAAGGUCGAGGAGACCACCCAGACGGAGGAGACUGAGACCAAGCCUGAAGAGUCUGAAAACAAGAGCACCGUCCUCAAGACGACUGCUCAAAUCGACCCCAAGAACCACGCCAACAACAUGAAGUUCGAUGCCUCCGUCCUCCAGGAAACGGACGACCCUGUGGAGAUCCGCAAGCAGGUCGAGUUUUACCUGUCCGACAGCAACCUCCCCCACGACAAGUAUCUGUGGGAGCUUACUGGUGGCUUCGAGAACAAGUCCAUUCCUCUCAAGACCAUCACGUCCUUCAAGCGCAUGCGUCGCUUCCAGCCCUACUCCGCUGUUGUCGCUGCACUGAAGGAGAGCACCACCCUCGAGAUCACCGGCGAGGAGGGAGAGGAGCAGAUCAAGCGCAAGCAGCCGUACACCCCCGGCAGUGACAAGUACAACGCCCGCUGCGUGUACGUCAAGGGUUUCGGCGACGAGGAGCCCUCUACUCAGUUCGACCUCGAGGCCUUCUUCACCCAGUUCGGACCCAUCAAUGCUGUUCGUCUCCGUCGCACCGCCGAGAAGCUCUUCAAGGGCUCCGUCUUCGUCGAAUUCCCUGACGAGGAGGCUGCUCAGAAGUUCCUCGCUCUGGACCCCAAGCCUAAGUGGAAGGAUCACGAGCUGAAGAUCAUGCCCAAGGUUGACUACGUCAAGGAGAAGAGCGCUCUUAUCCACGCCGGCAAGCUCGAGCCCAACACCUCCCGCCGAUUCUUCGAGGGUAAGGAUGGCGGUGACCGCGGCCGUGGCCGUGGAAGAGGUGGCCGUGGCGGCAACUUCAACAACAAGGACAACUGGAAGCAGCGUCGCGACAACGACCAGAAGAACGGCUUCAAGGACCGUCGGGGUGGUGGCCGUGGCAGAGGCCGUGGUGGUGACCGUCGCGGAGGACGUGACAACCAGGAGAACCGCAAGGACCCUAACGAGCGCGGCAAUGACCGCAACGCGUACGUAUUAAUUUCCUUUUCUUGCGGCAGACCUACCAUUCAGGCUACAAACGACAAGGGUGAGCCUGUUGCUGAGGAUAAGAACGACAAUGGCAAGCGCGCUCGCGAGGAUGACGGUGCUGCUGAGCCCGAGGCCAAGAAGGUUGACACCAAGGCCGAUGUCGCCGCAUAG